CCCCUUGACCCCCCCCCCUUUCCCUAGCAACGCCAUCAUAGAAAAGUAACCGCACUCCCACACCCGUCGGCUUCGGUUGCAUUGAUUAUUCCCUCUACACCUUCUGUCCUUCUUCCUCCAACCGUAAGAAAACUUCACAAAUCACGUCGACGACCACCGCUCUCCUGUCUCAAUUGAACAAAACUGCCAACAAGCAACAGUGCAAUCAUGUCUGGAGCCGUUGCUGAUUUGGGCCUCAUCGGCUUGGCCGUCAUGGGCCAGAACUUGAUUCUCAACAUGGCGGACCACGGCUUCACCAUCUGCGCCUUCAACCGAACUGUCUCCAAGGUCGAUUUCUUCCUGGCGAACGAGGCCAAGGGCAAGUCCAUCGUCGGUGCCCACUCCACCGAGGAGUUCGUGUCCAAGCUGAAGAAGCCCCGCCGUGUCAUGCUGCUCGUCCAGGCCGGCAAGGCCGUCGAUGACUGGAUCGAAACUCUGCUUCCGCUGCUGGAGAAGGGUGACGUCAUCAUCGAUGGCGGCAACUCGCACUUCCCCGACUCGAACCGGCGAACUAAGUACCUGCUGAGCAAGGGCAUCCGCUUUGUCGGCUCCGGUGUUUCCGGUGGCGAGGAGGGCGCCCGAUACGGCCCUUCUCUGAUGCCGGGUGGUAACGAGGAGGCAUGGCCCCACAUCAAGGAUAUCUUCCAGAGCAUCUCUGCCAAGAGUGACGGUGAGGCUUGUUGCGAGUGGGUCGGUGACGAAGGUGCUGGUCACUACGUCAAGAUGGUCCACAACGGUAUCGAGUACGGUGAUAUGCAGCUUAUCUGCGAGGCCUACGAUAUCAUGAAGAGGGGUCUGAACUUGUCGAACAAGGAGAUUGGGGACGUUUUCGCCAAGUGGAACAAGGGUGUGCUUGAUUCGUUCUUGAUCGAAAUCACUCGCGACAUCAUGUACUACAACGAUGAUGACGGAACGGCCCUCGUCGAGAAGAUCCUUGAUCAGGCCGGCCAGAAAGGUACCGGCAAGUGGACCGCCAUCAACGCCCUGGAUCUGGGCAUGCCCGUCACCCUGAUUGCCGAAGCCGUGCUCGCUCGCUGCCUGUCUUCGAUCAAGGAUGAGCGUGUCAAGGCCUCGAAGAAGCUUCAAUACAUUGCCCGCGAGACCAAGUUUGAGGGUAACAAGGAGCAAUUCCUCGAGGACCUCGAGCAGGCCCUCUAUGCCUCCAAGAUCAUCUCCUACGCUCAGGGGUUCAUGCUAAUGCAAGAGGCUGCGAGAGAGUACGGAUGGAAGCUGAACAAGCCUUCGAUCGCGUUGAUGUGGCGAGGCGGUUGCAUUAUCCGCUCCGUCUUCCUGAAGGACAUCACUGCGGCGUACCGCAAGAACCCCGACCUCGAGAACCUGCUGUUCGACGACUUCUUCAACAGCGCCAUCCACAAGGCGCAACCCGGCUGGAGAGACGUCGUCGCCAAGGCUGCCGUGCUUGGUAUCCCGACGCCCGCUUUCUCGACUGCUCUCUCGUGGUUCGACGGAUACCGCACGGCGGACCUGCCCGCUAACCUCCUGCAGGCUCAGCGCGACUACUUUGGAGCACACACCUUCCUGGUGAAGCCCGAGUACGCCAACGAGAAAUACCCCGUGGGCAAGUAUACCCACGUGAACUGGACCGGUCGGGGAGGAAACGUGUCGGCUUCCACAUACCAGGCAUAAGGUAGGAGCGCCCACCCGGGUGGGAUAUAAUAGCCCGGCGAUGAUACGGUUGGCAUACGGAUGGACACAUUCCUAGAUAGAAGGAAAAAAAGGAGACUCGCGGACGUAGCAUGCUGUGACGUGUCAUAGCCCCCCCCCCAACCACCCCACCACCCCUUUUAGAAGGACAGAAAUGAAUAUAAGAAAUAAUGCAUCUCCGACGCGCGACGCUAGCUAGCAGGUGCUUGUAGAGAGCACGAGAUCGGGAGCAGCUUUAUUACCUUGGUGAAAUUUCGCAGGGAGUCCCCUUGGGGAUGG